AUGGACCUGUUGUGCACUGAAAAUUUAAGGAAUGAUUAUGACUGUGACGUAUCGUAUGUGCCAACGCAAAUGCGAGCACAUACUUAUACCGAAUCACAGCUACAGCCACACCUGCUACCGCAACCACCGCCACCAGCAACAGUAACUGAACAACCAACAAAGGAAUGUCCAUUAAAGGAGCCACAAACAAAAAUAAUGCCAGGAGCACCUUCACCUUAUUCCAGUUCCAGCUCGUCUUUAUUAUCACCGGGUUCAAGUUCACCAUCAUCCGGUUACAAUUCAGCUACAAGCAACAGUUCGCAUGCAAACCAACCACAAAUGCUUCAUAAUCGUCAAUAUCAUCGGGAGGAAGAUACGCAAAAGCACCAUCAAUAUGAACAACAGCAAGAGACAAAGCAACACGAAUAUUACGAUGCUGUAUAUCUGAAGUCGGUGCCUAGUCGUGAUUUAGGUUUCGUCAAUAACGCUACCGUGGAUCCGAUAUUUUUAACCGAUCGCUGCUUGGAGAAUGCCCUAAAAGCAGAAGAAAAGCUACCACAACCGGUUUGCACAUAUUUUAAGACAGUGCAGAAAGACAUCACACCGCCUAUGCGCAAAAUAGUUGCAGAAUGGAUGAUGGAAGUAUGCGCCGAAGAAAAGUCUCAAGAGGAGGUGGUGCUCUUAGCGCUCAACUAUAUGGAUCGCUUCCUAUCCACAAAAUCGGUAACAAAGACACAUCUGCAAAUAUUGGCGGCCGCCUGCCUGUUGCUGGCUUCGAAAUUGCGCGAGCCCAGUUGUCGGGCGUUAUCUGCCGAACUGUUGGUAUUCUACACCGACAACAGCAUAUACAAAGGCGAUUUAAUUAAAUGGGAACUGUACGUGCUCAGUCGACUUGGCUGGGAUUUGUCCUCCGUUACGCCUUUGGAUUUCCUGGAAUUGUUAUUAAUCCGCCUGCCCAUCAAAAGUAAAGAAUGUCCUGAUCUGAGUCUCGAUAAAGUCAGGCAACAUGCGCAGGCCUUCAUAUGCUUAGCAGCCAAAGAACAUUAUUUCUUUAUGUAUUCGGCCAGUACCAUUGCAGCUGCGAGUAUCGCCGCCGCCCUCAGUGGUUUGAACUGGUAUUUACGCUCCGGACCAGACUUUCGUCAUCUAUUGGAUUUAUUAAUCGAUUUGACUAGCAUUGAACCGGGAUGCCUGCUCGAAUGCAUACAGAAAAUGGAAAUCAUCUUCGAAGAGCACAGUCGGAAUCUGCCGUCGUAUGUAAGCUCGGUGGAGCCGUAUCCUCAGCAGCAGCAGCAAGUGUCAGCGGAGCAGUCACACCAGCAGCAGCAACAACAACAACAUCAUCAGAAUCAACAAAAACAGCAACAACAUGUGCAUACAAUGUGAGCGCAACUCGGCAAUAUUGUAAAUUUAAAUAAUUUUUUGCUUAAAUUUUGCAAAAAGGAACAAGGACAAACAAAAUUAGAAGCGCAACCCGCAUUCAGCAUUCUUCGCGUAACGCCACGCGUUUUCAAAAAGCAAAAGUAACUGUGAAAGUAAGCAAUUUGAAUGUUGAAACAAUUUUUUUUUUUUUUUUUGAAAUUUCACGUUAUCUCAGGAAUUUAUAUAUAUAUAUUUUUGGAACUCCGUAUACAAUUUAAAAGCACUACUUUCGCUGCAAAGUAAAUGCUCGCAUACAUGCGUAUAUAAUGUAUGUUUACAGAAAUCCAAAUUUUGUUCGUAAAAUGUGUGCAGAAAAUAGAUUAGCUAGAAAUUUGUUAUUCAACUCCAUAUGAGUUGGUUUCGAGUGUUGCCUACCUUUAGGCGAUUAGCAUGCAUUAGCAUCGUGAGGGCGGACGGCGGUGCUAAAAUACUAUUGUAAACGCUAUUUGUUCACUAAGUAAUAAGAAAGCAGUCAGUUGUUGCAGUUUAUAUACCUACACAUACAUAUAUACAUGUAUGUAUGUUUUUUUAAUUUUUUCUAUUUGCAGAAAAGA